UUUCAGUCGAUUUUCUACUCUCGCGAAAAGCUCACGCGCCAACAGCAAUAGUCAACGCGAUUAGUCGAGAACAGCCGAGCAUAUUCAUAUACAUAUGUAGAUAUAAUAAAAAUAUUUUCUACAACUACAUAGAUUGAAAGAGGACAACAAGGUCAACGCAGGUUGCUGUGAGUUACGUGAACUUAAAGAGGAAUCGAUUUCAGUACUCGAAGAGAAAGUGAAAAUUCCCUGCGAGAAUGGCACAACUAAUAAAAAGUAUAAGGGGCACUAUUGUGUUGGGACAAAAACUGACGACGGCCCCAACUAUAGCGACGGCGGGACAGCGACGCUUGAGGAGCACACAAACCGAUGACUAUGAUUUGGUUGUCGUUGGCGGUGGUAUUGUAGGUGUCGCGUCAGCGCGCGAAAUACUGUUACGACAUCCACAUUUACGUGUUGGUCUACUAGAGAAAGAGCAUAAAUUGGCCGUACAUCAGAGUGGACAUAAUUCAGGUGUUAUACAUGCUGGCAUCUACUACAAACCAGGCUCACUGAAGGCUAAGCUAUGUGUGGAGGGUAUGCAUUUGGCUUACGACUUCUUGAAUGAGAAGAAGAUACCAUAUAAGAAAGUGGGCAAAUUGAUUGUGGCCACAAGUGAAGAUGAAGUUGAACGUUUGAUGGACUUGUAUGAGCGUGGUCAAAAGAAUUUAUGUCCCGAUCUCAAAUUGAUUGAUGGCAAAGAAAUCAAAGAGAUUGAACCAUUCUGUGAAGGUGUUAAGGCCAUACACAGUCCGCAUACGGGCAUUGUCGAUUGGGGCCUAGUCACACAAUACUAUGCGCAAGACUUCAAACAGGCUGGCGGUGUUGUGCACCUCAAUUUCCAAGUUUCGAAAUUCUUAGAAACCACCGAUGGCGAUGCCAGCAAAUACCCGGUAACAAUACGUGGCGCGCGUGGACACCAACAGGUACGUACACGUUAUGUGCUCACCUGUGGCGGUCUGCAAUCGGACAAGUUGGCCGAAAUGACAGGUUGUCCACGUGAUCCACGCAUUAUACCCUUCCGCGGCGAAUACCUGUUACUCUCGAAGGAGAAACAACACAUGGUGCGUGGCAAUAUUUAUCCCGUACCCGAUCCGAAUCUGCCAUUCUUGGGCGUGCAUUUCACACCACGCAUGGACGGCUCUGUGUGGCUGGGACCGAAUGCUGUGUUGGCAUUCAAGCGUGAAGGCUAUACUUGGGGUGACAUAAAUUUGCUGGAAUUAUUCGAUGCUGUGCGUCAUCCCGGUUUCUUGAAAAUGGCAAGCAGACAUUUGAAAUUCGGUUUGGGUGAAAUGACUAAAUCACUCUUUAUACGAUUACAAACGAAAGAACUGCAAAAGUACAUACCACAAAUCAAUGAAUUCGACAUAAGUCAUGGACCAGCUGGUGUACGUGCACAAGCCAUGGACAGCUAUGGUAGUCUAGUGGAUGAUUUCGUCUUCGACAAGGGUGAAGGCGAAAGUGCCUUGGCACAACAAGUGCUGCAUUGCCGUAAUGCACCGUCACCGGGUGCGACCAGCAGUUUGGCUAUUGCCAAAAUGAUUGCCGAUAAGCUUGAAAAGGAAUUCGAUAUCAAAUGCUAAUUAAAUAGUGUCAAUUGUAAUUACUAACUAGUUGAAAUGUAUGUGUUCCUGUUGUGUACUUGUGGCCCCUUGUUAAAAAAAAAAAACAUUUUUUGACAACUUUUUGCACAUAUAUGUAAAAAUAACGGUGCCGCAAAUGUCUGUCCAUAUACGAUUUGUGUAUAUUAGUAAUUAGUAAAUUGCAGCGCAUUUAAAUGUUUGCUGUUUGCCAUGCAGCAUAUAUGUAUGUAUUUUAGUUUGCUAAACACCAACGAGUGACAAUAACAAUAAAUUAAUAAAUAAUACUAAAAA